AUGGAAUGGAAUUGCUGCAAAACAAAUCAAGAAGACGAGCCAACUGACCCCUUCCGUCUCGGCAAAGUGACAAGCGCGUGCGUGAUUCCAUUCCGGAGAGGCAGGGUUGAGCAUCACUGGGAGUGGAAGAAAGGAAUCAUGUUCAGGAGAAAGCAUGCUUCUCAUUUCAACUCAAAUGAUGCUGAGCAGCAAGAAGCAAAGAUAGAUGAAUUAAAAUCUGCACUUGGCCCUUUGUCUGCCCAUGGCGAGAAGUACUUCAGUGACACAUGUUUGAGAAGAUAUCUUGAAGCCCGGAACUGGAAUGUUACUAAGUCGAGAAAAAUGCUUGAAGAAAGUCUCAAAUGGAGGGCAACUUAUAAGCCGGAGGAUAUUCGCUGGAAUUCAACGUCCCAUGACGGUAAGAUCCGGUUUCUUGUAUAUGUUUUGGAGAACGCAAUCCUGGGCCAACAUGAAGGUCAAGAGAAAAUGGUAUGGCUGAUAGACUUCACAGGGUGGACAAUGGCCCAUGCCACACCCAUAAAGACUGCAAGAGAAUGUACAAGCAUCCUGCAAAAUCAUUACCCUGAGAGGCUGGCCAUUGCAUUUCUGUUUAAUCCCCCAAAAGUAUUCGAAGCCUUUUACAAGGCUGUGAAAUAUUUCCUUGACCCGAGAUCGAUCGAGAAACUGAACUUCGUGUACCUGAAGGAUGAGGAGAGCAUGAAGGUCCUGUACAAGUGCAUUGAUCCCGAGGUCCUUCCUGUCGAGUUCGGGGGAAAGAACAGUGUUGUAUACAACCAUGAGGAGUACUCCAAGUUGAUGCUGCAAGAAGAUAUCGAAACAUCAAGCUUCUGGGAAGAUGACGCGAAAACUGUUGACCAUGCUAUCAAUGGGACCUUGGUUCCUGAUGUUGCACCUCAGUCGCCGCUACUUGCUGCUAAAGCCAGUUGA